GGCAUCACCAUCAUCAUCUCAAAUCCCAAGUCUAAACUCACGAAACGGAACCACCCUCUUCCCUCUUCUCUCUUUUCUACCCUUCUUUAUUUCUCCACCAACGUCGCACAUUUUCCCCAACCCACCAAAGCACUAAUAUUGUCUAAGGAAGAUGAAUCAUCAUAGUAGACAAAUACAAUGCUAGAAGUAAUAAAUAGCCACCAAGGAAAGGGGGAAUUAAUUCCUUCCUGAAAAUGAAUUAAUUUAGUACAAUAGUGACUAGUGAGUGAUUAUUAUUCAUUUAUAUCCAAUUCUAGGGGAGGAAUAAUCCUUUCCUAAUGCGGUGCCAUGUGUGAUAUACCUUCCAAAAAUCGAAAUCCAAUUUUCCAACUAAGAUUGAAUAUUAAGUGGUAAGGUAAAUGCUGGUGCAGCUGCAUUUCCUAGCUGUAAUUGCAUUUGCACCUGAAACGCUCGUUUUGCAGAUUCUGAUUCCCUCGCAAUCGCGGUUUCCACCUCCACGACCACCAUCAUCAUCACCAUGCCUAUGCCUAUUUAACAAUCACUUCGCCAUGCGAAUACCGAAGAAGCCUUUAUCGCUCUUUUCUCUCUCAACCUUCUCUUCCUAUCAGCUCGCGCCUCUUUUCUCUUCCCGCCUUCGAUUCUCUUCUGGAAUCUCCGCAAAACCGCCUCGCUCUCUCGCCAACGCCACCUCACGAGGAGCUAAUCACUUGCAUGCUAGACAUCCAAUGGAUGGGAACAAUGUUAUUGGUGUACAUGACCAAAGUUUAGUGGAUUUGCCUGCUGCUGGUAAUGGAGCAAAGCCACAUGUAUGGUCAUCAUUUCCUGAGCAUGGAUGUAAAACUGAUAUACGCAAGCAGAUCUUUUGUAACCGGUCACUGAACAUGAAGAACAUCGUUGCUGUGGGAUUUGACAUGGAUUAUACUCUGGCUCAAUACAAGCCUGAAACGUUUGAAUCUCUUGCUUAUCAAGGCACUAUUAAAAAGUUGGUUUAUGAUUUGGGAUAUCCUCGUGAGUUGCUAAAUUGGUCCUUUGACUGGAAAUACAUGGUCCGGGGCUUGGUUCUUGACAAAAAAAGAGGCAAUAUCUUGAAGAUGGAUCGUCAUAAGUAUGUGAAAGUUGCCUACCAUGGAUUUAAAGAGUUGUCAAAAGAAGAUAAAGUGGGGACCUAUGGAAAUACAUUAGUUCGUGAUUCUUUUGAUGAGCCUGACUAUGCUUUAAUUGAUACACUUUUUUCACUUGCGGAAGCCUACUUGUUUGCUCAACUGGUUGAUUUUAAGGAUGACAAUCCUGGAAAGAUUCAAGAAAGUGUUGACUAUGCUCGCAUGUACAAAGAUGUUAGAGCGGCAGUUGAUUUGUGCCACCGUGAUGGAACAUUGAAGCAAAUGGUUGCUAAAGAUCCAAAAAGGUAUAUUAAUGAAGAUCCUUCAAUAGUUCCCAUGCUUGAAAUGCUCAGAGAAUCCGGACGUGCAACAUUUUUAGUGACAAAUAGUUUGUGGGACUACACAAACAUUGUCAUGAAUUUCCUCUCUGGAUCCAGUGAGGUAGAUGGAAGUAAAAGUUUUGCCUGGCUUCAAUACUUUGAUGUUGUUAUCACUGGCAGUGCAAAGCCAGGAUUUUUUCAUGAGGAAAAUCGUGCCAACCUAUUUGGGGUUGUGCCUGAGACUGGAAUGCUUCUCAAUACAGAUAAUGGCUCUCCUAUGCCUCAGGUGGGUAAUAUCUCUGCAAGGUUAUUCACAGAACAGAAGAAUCAUGCUUGUCAAGUAUUCCAGGGAGGCAAUGUUGCUCAUCUGCAUAAGCUACUUUCCAUUGAAUCAAGUUCACAGGUUCUGUAUGUUGGGGAUCACAUUUACGGAGAUAUACUACGCAGCAAAAAGGUCCUUGGAUGGAGGACCAUGCUUGUAAUACCAGAGCUUGAGAAGGAGGUUCAGCUGCUGUGGGAGUCAAGAGAUACCCGCAAGGAACUUCAAUUCCUGAGGAGCGAGCGUGAUCGCAUUGAAGAUGAGAUACAUCAUUUGAAGUGGUCUCUCAAAUUCAAAAAUCCAGAUGGUGAUGCCAAGCAGAAGCUAUCUACAGAGCUUGAAAAAUUGGAGCUUGAGAGGGAGAGUGUGAGAUUAAGUCAUCAAGAAGCUCAGCGAAAAUUACAUCAAAAGUUUCACGAGCCAUGGGGUCAGCUUUUGAAAACUGGUUAUCAGAACUCUCGUUUUGCUCAUCAGGUUGAGAGAUUUGCCUGCCUUUAUUCAAGCCAAGUAUCCAACUUGGCGUUGUACUCACCAGACAAGUAUUACAGACCCAGUGAAGAUUUUAUGCAGCAUGAAUUUGGCAUUGUGGGAUCUGGCUUAUGAGCCACGUAAAAUGAAUGCAUGAGUUCAAGGGCAGCGUUCAUUGGGGUUUUGAAAGCUAUGUUCUGCUCUUCUACAAUUUGUUCCUUGUCUCCGCUUCCCUUCACUCUUUUUCUUUAUGUUUUUCUGUGGGGUUACAUGUCUUUCAAUGUCCCCUUUUAAGUCGGUCUUUAAAUGGCUGCUGAAAAAAAUGCUUACUAGAUAUUAGCCUUGUAUAGUUUCAUUAGGCGCUUUAUAGAAUGCAAGUGGUGAAAAUACGAAGCCGCGAUUAGAUAAAAUGCCUUUUCUUAAUUCAAUUCAAUAUAAACUUGCAUAUUGUAAUCUGUUCGUUAGUUUUAGUGGCCGUUAAUAGACAAAUCAUCCUAAUCAACGUUACACGUUUGAUUUUGAUCGGAGAAUAAAGUGAAGACAAAUAGAAUCUAUUUAGUUUGAUAUGGUCCAAUUGCUCCCCAGCCGUUGCUUCUGUGCUUUCCAAUUGGUUUUCAACCAAGCAUUUCUCGUUUCCUUUAAAUAAACUGAAGCCGAACUCCUUUUCAACCUCCCUGCCCCAACUCUUUUCUUUCAUUUUCCAAAAACACCGGCAAAUUAGUGGGGGGUGGCACGGCAACAGAUUCAUACAAGGGACGGAUCCAUG